CGGCAGACGGGCUGUAGUCAACGCUAAGGAAUGAGAGGUCUGCGCGUGGAGUUGCGGCAAAUACGUAACGCGACUUUUGAUUUGGAACAUCUGAUAUUGGGAUCCUUCUUUCUUCUCCUUUCCACAAUUCACAUUUCUUUUUCGUUUCUAUCGAAAUAAGGGAUAUUUCUUUGCAGUGGUCUUAUUUAUCUGCUUGCCGAUAAGAACCAGGAAGGGAAUUUUCGCUUUUCAAUAAAAAUUUUCAAAUCAAGAAAAUUAACAAAAAGAAAAAGAAUACUGCAAGUCAUCGAUCGGGAAUGGUGAAGGAGACAGAAUACUACGAUGUGUUAGGGGUCAGCCCUUCCGCUACAGAGGCUGAAAUCAAGAAAGCUUAUUAUAUCAAGGCACGGCAGGUUCACCCAGAUAAAAUUCCAAAUGAUCCUCUAGCAGCACUGAAUUUUCAGGUGUUGAGAGAGGUUUACCAAGUAUUAAGUGAUCCGGCACAACGACAAGCAUAUGAUGCUUAUGGGAAAUCAGGAAUCUCAAUUGAAGCAAUUAUUGAUCCCGCAGCAAUAUUUGCAAAGCUUUUUGGUAGUGAGCUUUUUGAGGAAUAUAUAGGACAGCUUGUUAUGGCAUCAAUGGCCUCAUUAGACAUUUCCACGGAAGGGCAGCAGUUUGAUGCCAAAAAGUUGCAAGAGAAAAUGAGGGUUGUUCAGAAGGAAAGAGAAGAAAAGCUUGCAGAAAUACUGAAAGAUCAACUAAAUCAAUAUGUGCAAGGAAACAAAGAGGACUUUGUUAGUCAUGCGCAAGCUGAAGUAUCGAGGCUCUCUAAUGCAGCUUAUGGCGUUGAUAUGUUGAAUACAAUUGGUUAUAUAUAUGCAAGACAAGCAGCAAAAGAGCUUGGGAAGAAAGCAAUAUACUUGGGUGUGCCAUUCAUUGCUGAGUGGUUUAGAAACAAAGGCCACUUUAUUAAAUCUCAAGUAACAGCAGCAACUGGUGCAAUUGCUUUGCUUCAGCUGCAGGAGGACAUGAAGAAGCAGCUUAAUGCCGAAGGAAACUACACUGAGAAGGAGCUUGAAGAGUACUUGCGAUCUCACAAGAAGCUGAUGAUUGAUUCAUUAUGGAAGCUUAAUGUAGCCGACAUAGAAGCUAUCCUUUCUUGUGUUUGUCAAAUGGUUCUCCAAGAUAACAGCGUCAAGAAGCUUCAACGAAGAGAAAUCUGCUCCAAGCAACAUCGUGCUUUCUCCAUCACCGAUGCCCAGGAGCGCUUCCGCAACAUCCGCUUGCAGGAGGAAUAUGAUACUCAUGAUCCAAAAGGGCAUUGUUCGAUGGUAUUACCAUUUCUGAGGAAGAGGUCAAAGAUUAUAGAGAUUGUAGCUGCACGAGACAUUGUCUUUGCUCUUGCCCAGUCUGGUGUAUGUGCGGCAUUUAGCCGAGAGGCUAAUCAAAGAAUAUGCUUUCUAAACAUCACUGCUGAUGAAGUUAUAAGAAACUUGUUUUAUAAUAAAAACAAUGACUCACUUAUCACAGUCUCAGUUUACGCUUCAGACAAUUUCAGCUCUUUGAAAUGCAGAAGCACAAGGAUUGAAUACAUACGGAGAGGUCAACCUGAUGCUGGUUUUGCCCUUUUUGAAUCCGAGUCACUGAAGUGGCCUGGUUUUGUGGAAUUUGAUGAUGUAAAUGGGAAGGUACUUUCAUAUUCUGCACAGGAUAGCAUAUACAAGGUGUUUGACCUAAAAAAUUAUACGAUGCUAUACUCAAUAUCGGAUAAAAAUGUUCAAGAGAUUAAGAUCAGUCCAGGGAUCAUGUUAUUGAUUUUCACUAAAGUUGGUGGCCAUGUUCCUCUUAAGAUUCUCUCAAUAGAGGAUGGUACUGUUCUGAAAUCUUUUAGCCAUCUUCUUCACCGGAAUAAGAAGGUGGAUUUCAUUGAACAGUUCAAUGAAAAGCUUCUUGUGAAGCAGGAAAAUGAAAACCUCCAAAUUCUUGAUGUCCACAAUUCUGAGCUAACAGAAGUUAGCAAAAAUGAAUUUCUGACCCCGUCAGCAUUCAUAUUUCUGUAUGAGAACCAGUUAUUCCUUACAUUUAGAAAUCGCACGGUGGCUGUCUGGAACGUCCGUGGAGAACUUGUAACUUCAUUUGAGGAUCACCUUUUGUGGCAUCCUGAUUGCAACACUAAUAAUAUAUACAUCACAAGUGAUCAAGAUCUUAUUAUCUCUUACUGCAAGGCUGAUUCUGAUGAUCCAUUGUCUGAAGGAAAUGGAUCCAUUAAUAUCAGCAAUAUAUUGACUGGGAAAUGUCUUGCUAAAAUAAGAGCAAGCAACAGUUUCCCUGUGGAAAAACAAUGCAGCUGCAGUGUCAAGUGUGGUUGCAGAUCAAAGAAGCAGAGCACUGCAUCCAGGAUUAGAAGCACGGUUGCAGAAGCACUGGAAGACAUCACUGCUCUUUUUUAUGAUGAAGAGCGUAAUGAGAUUUAUACUGGUAAUAGGCAUGGUCUAGUUCAUGUGUGGUCUAACUGAUGGUUUGAUUUUCAUUAGAAUUUAUGUAAUUUUAGUUGCUGGAGGUUGAGUUGGUUGUGAAUGGGCAUUAUGAGACUCAUGACAUGAAACUGUACCAUUAUUAAGUGUUAAUUGUAUCAAUUCAUUUAGUUUAUGUUUUAAAUGCAGUCAUUUUCUUGCUUUGA